GACCGUUGCGUGCUACCUAACCCCGCGAGGGUAAUUUAUCUUUUUUAAUUUAUUUUAGCGUGUUAUUUAUUAAACACGUAGCGACUGAAGUUAGAAUACUACCUGAAUAACUUAUAUAUUAAAAAUGUCGAUCUGGAUUCUCUUAUUAUUGUUGGCUUCUGGAAAUGGCCAGUUCACCCAAGAAUCAGCGGAAUUUACUUCAAGGCCACCUUCACGGAAUCGUUACGAUGAAAGGGAUCAGAAUACAGGCUUUGGAUACCGAAAUCCUUUAGGUCAAAAUGAGAAUGUUAUAAUUAAAGAAGCCACAUAUUUUGUCGUUGCAUCUCGUAUGGUUAGACCAGAUCAAGUGUACAGAGUUGCUGUAAACAUUCUUCACAGCCCGUUACCUAUAACAGUGCGUUCAUCUAUUCAACGCAAUGGUGUAGAAGUUGCAACGGAUUAUCAGGAAGUGAAGGAGAACAUACCAGAAACUCUAAUGAUGCGCAUGCCACCUACAUCCGUAGGUGGUGAUUAUAAACUGCGCAUUGAAGGGAUGUACAACAGUCUGAAAGGCGGCCAGGCCUUUUUGAACGAAACCAAAUUAAUAUUCUCACAACGUUCCAUGACUAUAUUCAUACAGUUGGACAAACCUGUGUAUAUGCAAGGGGAUACUGUGCGAUUCAGAACAAUUCCAAUAGACACAGAAUUGAAAGCAUAUAACAGUCCUGUGGAUGUAUUUAUGUUAGAUCCAAACAGGAGAAUUAUGAGAAGAUGGCUUAGCAGGCAGAGCAAUCUAGGUACUGUGUCGCUGUCAUAUCAAUUAUCCGAUCAACCUGUUUUCGGGGAAUGGAUUGUGCAAAUAAUAGCGCAGAGUCAAGUAGAGGAGAAAACGUUCUUGGUAGAAGAGUACUAUCAAACACGUUUCGAGGUGAACGUUACGAUGCCUGCGUUCUUCUUCGACAAUGAUCCCUAUAUUUAUGGCAUUGUUCAGGCGAAUUAUACCUCGGGCGCGCCGGUGAGAGGUAAUCUAACUUUGAAAGCCAGCUUCAAGCCAUUGGACAGAACGCGCAAUCCUUCGGAGAUUGACCCAGUUGAAAGAUAUUUUAAUUUUAACGAAUAUUAUCCAGCAUGGUUUAGACCAUUAAACUUCUUUGAGGAGAGAAUACCAGUAUUGAGGUUCUUUAAAGGAACGUAUUAUUUUCAAUAUCCUAUGGAGGAAUUAUUGAGCAUUGUUCAAUCCAUCGACGGAAUGGAGGUCACCGUAAUUGCAACAGUAGGCGAGAGAUUCUUGGAUGAAGUAGUCGUCGGCUUUUCUACGGCAAGGAUUUUUAAUUCGACUACAAAAAUCCGUUUCCUCGGCGGUAGUCCACAAGUCUUUAAACCCGCGAUGCCGUUUUCGUUAAAUCUAGUUGCAUCCUUUCAUGACAACUCGCCGCUGCGACUUACGCAGCUCACUGGCGCUAAGAUGGAAAUUCGCGCAGACAUCGAGAUGCGAAGCGGACGUCGUAGCAUCGAUACCCAGUAUCCAGUAGUGUCGCCGGAACACGCGGAUGUAUGGUCUAUAAAAAUGGAUCUCAGAAAACAACUCGGGCUGGAGCAAAACAGCGAUGUUAAUCAGAUUCUGAACGAUGUUACUUCUAUGAGGAUCUACGCACACAUGACUGACGGUGAAGGUUACAGAACCCAGACCGAAUUACUACUGCUCGCUCACGAGUCUCCGAAUAUGAAGCACAUCAAGAUAUCAACCUCUACUGAAAAACCUAAAGUUGGCGAAUACAUGGUGUUUCAUGUACAAACCAAUUUCUAUAUCGAUGCCUUUAACUACAUAAUCAUGUCCAAAGGUAUAAUACUUUUGACUGGAGAAGACAAUAUGCAACAUAACGUAAAGACCUUUGCGAUACCUUUAAGUCCUGAGAUGGCUCCCGUUGCAACCGCGGUGGUAUAUUACGUGGGUCGUUAUGGCGAAGUUGUGGCAGAUUCGUUGACUUUCCCGGUGAAUGGCAUCUCACGCAACAACUUCACCGUAUUUAUCAAUAACAAGAAAGCAAGAACGGGCGAGCGCGUCGAAGUGGCCAUCUAUGGCGAACCCGGCGCCUACGUUGGAUUGUCGGGUAUUGAUCGUUCAUUCUACACUAUGCAAGCAGGCAACGAACUAACGUAUGCAAACGUGAUCACGAAAAUGGCACACUUCGACGAAGAUACCAAUGGCACUCAUUUGCACACCUGGCAAUAUCACGACGGUGAUCCGGACGAGAUCGUGUACUUCCCGUCGUCCACUUUCGGUAUCGACGUCAAUCGCACGUUUGAUUAUAUCGGCUUGAUUGUCUUCACGGAUGCUGUGAUACACCGGCGGCACGAACUCUGCAAUCAAACUCAAGGAUAUGGCGAAUGUCUAUCCGGUCGGUGUUAUAGGUUGGAGAAAAAAUGUGAUGGUGUAUUUGACUGCGAGGAUGGCACGGACGAGACGCGGUGCGUCGAGCGAAACACAACUGAAUUGGCGCAAUUCCGUAAAUGGCGUUUUAAUCGAAUUCAGAGGCAUUACGAAAACGUCUGGUUGUGGAAGGACAUUAAUAUCGGUCCACAUGGCCGGCAGAUCUUCAACCUGGACGUGCCACGAAGACCGGUUCAUUGGAUGGUCACAGUAUUCAGCAUGUCACCCAGCAUGGGUUUCGGCAUGUUGCCAAGAGCGCUGGAAUAUACCGGAGUUCUGCCGUUUUACAUAAAUGUGGAGAUGCCGACUCGCAGCAGGCAAGGCGAACAGAUCGGUAUUCGUGUGUCUGUUUUCAAUUACAUGCGUUACAAUAUCGAGGCGACGGUAGUAUUGGCAGACUCCAGAGACUACAAAUUUGUCCACGUCGAGGACAAUGGCAUUGUACAGUCGUACAAACCACGCACUUCCUUCGGCGAACAUCAGUUUUUCAUCUGGAUUCCUGCACAGGAUGCUAACAUCGUUUAUUUGCCCAUCGUACCGAUGAGACUCGGCGAGAUCAAAAUUCAAAUCUACGCUAACACUUUAAUUGGCAGGGACUCGGUGACUCGCCAUCUGUACGUCGAGGCCGACGGAGUGCCGCAGCAUCGGCAUCAAUCGAUACUACUGGAUCUCAGCAAUCGAGCCUAUGUAUUCCAAUACAUGCACGUAAACAUCACCGAGACACCGAUCAUACCAUAUGAUGAGAACCGUUAUUACGUGUUCGGAUCCAACAAGGCGACCAUUAGUUUGGUCGGCGACGUGGUGGGACCGAUCUUUCCGACAAUGCCGGUAAAUGCGACGAGCCUCAUGAAUCUGCCAAUGGAUUGCGCCGAACAGAACAUGUUUAGCUUCGCCGCCAAUAUGUAUACCACUCUGUACAUGCGUCUGAUUAAUCAGCGCAAUCGCACGCAAGAAAAAGAGAGCUUCUACUACAUGAAUAUCGGCUAUCAGCGACAGUUGUCGUUUAUGAAUCCCGAUGGAUCUUUCAGCUUUUUUCGCACUGAUUGGAACCAGUCGAUGUCAAGCGUCUGGUUGACAGCGUUUUGCGCACGGGUAUUCCAGGAGGCCAGCUUCUACGAAUGGGAGAACUACUUGUACAUCGAUACCGAGGUGAUAUCUCAGGCAGUUUCGUGGAUACUGAAACAUCAAACGCCAGAAGGCGCGUUCUACGAGGUAACCUGGCUGCCGGACCGGAAGAAGAACAGUUCCUUGAAUUUUAGAAACGAUAUAAUUGCCCAUCGGAACAUUAGUCUUACUGCUCAUGUCCUUAUCACGUUGGAAAGCGUCAAAGAUCUCACUGGCGGCUUAGGUUCUCAAGUGGCUCUCAGCGCGGCCAAUGCUAUUAAAUGGUUGGAGAGAAAUCUGAAUCUGCUGGAAGAACGCGGCAAGCCAUUCGAAAUAGCGAUAGUAGCUUAUGCACUUUUGAUGGCGAAAGCCUCGACCGCCGAACAAGCUUUCAAUAUUCUGGCGAGACACGCACGGAGAGAAGGUGGGCUGACGUACUGGGGUAGAGAACAGGUGCCGCUUCCUCCGUACAAGUUAGAGAAUCAGAAGCCUUUCCUGCUACCGCGCUUACCUUACAAAUAUGACUCUGAAAACAUAGAAACAACCGCAUACGCGUUACUCGUGCACGUUGCCCGACAAGAGAUCAUGAUAGAACCGAUUGUUAAAUGGUUGAAUGCACAGAGAUUAACGGAUGGUGGAUGGGCCUCUACUCAGGAUACCGUUUGGGCGAUGAAGGCGCUAAUGGAAUACACCGUGAGAUCGAGAAUUAGGGAUGUCAGUUCGCUCAUGGUAACAGUGGAGGCUACCGCUUUGCCGGGACAGACCAAGACAUUGACCGUAAACGACAAGAAUCUGGCAAGACUUCAAACCAUCGAGAUACCGGAAGCAUGGGGAACUGUGAAAGUGCAGGCAAAAGGCGCGGGCUAUGCUAUUUUACAAAUGCACGUGCAGUAUAACGUAGAUAUAAAAAGAUUCCAAACGCAGCCACCGAUUAAAGCCUUCGAUCUAGUCACCAGAGCGAACUUCCACGGCAGAAAUCAAUCUCACAUCUCAUAUCUUAGUUGUCAAAGAUGGACGAAUCUCAAUGAAUCCGCGCGUUCUGGUAUGGCUGUGUUGGAUGUAGCCAUACCAACCGGUUACAUAAUCCAGCAGCAAACGCUGGAUAAAUACAUCUUAUCAAAACGGGUGAGAAAUCUCCAGAGAGCACGUUUCCAAGACAAGAAAGUGCUUUUCUACUUCGAUUAUCUGGACUACGAAGAGACAUGCGUAAACUUCACAGUGGAACGUUGGUAUCCUGUCGCAAAUAUGUCGCGAUAUCUUCCCAUUCGCAUUUACGACUAUUAUUCGCCAGAACGUUUCAACGAAUCUAUAUUCGAUGCACUGCCAACGUAUACUUUAAAUAUAUGCGAGGUUUGUGGCAGCUCACAGUGUCCUUACUGCCCAAUUUACAAUGUCGCUACACUUUUAGCCACACCGACAGGAUUCCUGCUUAUCGCAUCGUUUGUCGUCACGAUAACAAGGUAUUUCCAAACGCAACAAUUCGGUGACGGCUAGCAAUAAUUACAAAGGUAAAAACGUUCGAUCUUUGUCAAUUUCUAUUGCCAUGGUUUGCCUUUGCUAACAGAGCACAAAUAUUGAAUGGUACGAUAAUCGAAACAUAUAAUUUUGUAAAAAUGAUAAGAAUGUGCGAGUCAAAUAGAAGACAAAUUAUUUCUGCGAGAACAAUCAAUAAUUUUAAUUAAUUAUUCCGCGUAAUUACGCGAACAGCCAUUAUUAAAAUGAUUACGCUAUGAGUUUUAAUUCCUCUUUUCAAUGAAAGCAAUUAUUUGUUUUUGUUAAUUUUGACUAUUUUUGUAUGCGAUAUUUAUAUCGAAGAUCUCUUCUCUUUAUGCUAUAUAAUUUAUGUAAGAGAUAUAUUCAACUAAAAUUUUGUUAUCUUUUGACUUAUUUUUAUGCGCUUUUAUAUUUAUAGAGACUAAAAUUUUUUAAAAGAUCAUAUUAUCAAUUAUGAAAUAAAACAAUUUAUAAUCUCUUAUUAUUUAUCCGAAGAGGUUUUGCAAUAAGCAAAAAGCAUAAUAUUAAUUACUCUCUAAUACAAAAUGCACAAACAAAACUCAUAUAUUACAUCAUGAUUAAGAUUGUAUUGUCGAAAGUAAUCAUUUCGGAGAAUAUUGAUUGAGAGUAAUUUUAGGCGUUUUCUACAACGCCCAAGCAAUUUGAUUGUAUAUUGUUCGACGAUUAUUAUUACUUUUAUAAAUAUUAUAUUAUCCGUCCUGUGUUUUUUUAGAAUGCAUAAAGUUGUUUUUUACAUGGUUAGGGCAUUGUACUCUUGGAGGCAAAGCAUCUCAAGUACAAAUCAAACAUAAUAGUUGUAGCCAGCGAUUUUCGUUAGCUAUGCUAUUAACUAUUAUUACCAAAAUAAUAACGGCAAAAGUGUUCGUAGUAAUUAAAAGAGUAUAUCAAAGAGGAUACAUUAUAUACUAGUUUCGGAUUUUUAAUAAACUAUGUAAAACGCUUUUCUCCCAAAUUUUUUUUGUUCAAUAGUUUUCAUCUUCAUUCUUGGAUAUUCCUUAUUUUAUUUAUAUUAUUUACAGAAUUAUAUAUUAUUUGUAGAUCGUGCCUUCGUAGUGCUCGUUAAAAUUCUUGAUUAAAAAAAAAAAGAACUGCUUCCUGUUUUUUAUAUUACUUCAGUUUUUGAAUAUAUACAAAAAGAAUCAUUCAAAGAAGCAACACAAGAUUUGAAUGUGUGAUUCGGCAAAAUGUGUAAAUAGUAGAAUAGGAGACAAAUAUUCCAAAACUCGAUUCAAAAUCGAGUAAAUUAUAAUGAUACCGUCCUGUUUAUAUAUAAAUAUGUACUUGCGUGGAUCAAGAGAUUUUAUGCCGUCCCGAUAAUUAGUGCCUCAAGAAAAUACAUUUAUGUGUAUAGAUAUGUAUCUGUUAAAAAAAAAA